AUGUCGACUCUCACAUCUGCAGAUCUACACGUCAAACGUAGCUCCACUCGUCUUCACGCUCCUCCUGGUGGUGUUUCCAGUCUUUCUUUCGGCUGUGGUGGUCUCGGUGCCACAGAACCCAACGAAGUAUCCAACAAAUACGAAUGUGGUAGUUCUCAAAGGUUUCCUGGUCAGCACAUCUCUCCGACAGUCAAUUUUAACAGCUUGAGCGACUAUUGGAAUCAAUCGAACGACAACUCCCCGCAACAGCACCGACACCUUGAAGAGUCUCAUAAUCAGCAACAACACCAGUUUGAAACUUCUUACAAAGACAAGAGUGAUAACAACAACCACUGCAAAUCGAAAGACGAUAACCCAGACGUUUUCCAAAUCGCUCGCCCUCCGUCCAGCAAGCUUAGUUCUUGUUCCAGUAUUCGGUCCAUUUCCAGCUCAGAAUCUUGGGGCUCGCAACCCCCCCUCACUUCCUCUAAACGGGAUCAAAAUUGGGAAAGGAAACGUCGGAUAUGGCUGAUGCACAGGAAAAGCAACAAUAAUGGUGACAGACCCACCUCUUCUUUCAUUUCGAACAAUGAUCUAUGCGGGGAAGUAUGUGAUGAUAGCAUUAAUCCGUCAUCUCCACUUUCAAAGCUCGUGCAACAGCACGAGCUGCAGCAGCAACAACAGCAACUAUUGACACCUUACACCGACAAUCAACGUCUUGAUUCGUCCCGAACUUCUCGUAGUAGCUCUGGCACUACCUACCUCAAAGAUUAUCAGUCCCAUCCGCACCACCUGAAUCAACAAAAGGGGAAAAUAGGCAACCCAGCAGGUGGAUUUGGAUUCGCCACUGCGCCCUCAACCGCCUCAUCGACCAAAUCUGGCCGCAGACAACCACCGGGAGGGCAAUGCCAGUGGUCAUUUGGAUAA